UUUUAUGGUAUUUGCAACCUCAACCACAAGAAGUGCCACAAUGAUCCAAUUUCCGAGGCCCCACAAACACCACCAUCAGGAUAAGGCAAAGAUAAGGCCGAGACCCUCACAGCCAUCUGAUGGAUCCUCUUCCCAAUCCAACGUCCACAAACCUGCACCGCGGAUAAUCCAUUCGAGCCCGAUAAAAUACUUCACUUCCCUCCCCGAAUAAAAAUCCAAUCAAAUUCAUCCACACCACUUAAAACACACAUUGCAAUCUCGACCUCGAACCCUCCAUCCCCGGUGCACGUUAGCCCAGAGCCAUGGCCACCACCGCAGGCGCCGCCGCUACAUCCUCAUUCAUCGGAACACGAUUUCCGGACGUGUACUCGAACUCGGGUCGGGUCCAGGCCCGGUUCGGAUUCGGGACCAAGAAACCCAAGAAGGCCUCGAAGUCCACUUUCUCUACUGACCGCCCACUUUGGUACCCGGGAGCCAAGGCCCCGGAAUGGCUGGACGGGAGCUUGGUUGGCGACUACGGGUUCGACCCGUUCGGGUUGGGCAAACCCGCGGAGUAUCUCCAGUACGACUACGACGGGCUGGACCAGAACCUGGCCAAGAACUUGGCGGGUGAUGUUAUCGGGACCCGAACCGAAACCGCGGACGUCCAGUCGACGCCGUUUCAGCCAUACAAUGAAGUGUUUGGGUUGCAGAGGUUUCGCGAGUGCGAGCUCAUCCAUGGCCGCUGGGCCAUGCUCGCCACUCUCGGUGCUCUCACCGUUGAGUCGGUCACUGGGAUCACAUGGCAAGACGCAGGGAAGGUGGAGCUUAUCGAAGGGUCAUCUUACUUGGGGCAGCCACUGCCGUUUUCUAUAACCACAUUGAUCUGGAUCGAGGUUUUAGUGAUCGGGUACAUCGAGUUCCAGAGGAACGCUGAGCUCGACCCGGAAAAGAGGCUGUACCCGGGUGGCAAGUUCUUUGACCCGUUGGGCCUGGCUUCCGACCCGGAAAAGAAGGCUACUCUUCAAUUGGCUGAAAUCAAGCACGCCCGUCUCGCCAUGAUCGGGUUUCUUGGGUUUGCUGUGCAGGCUGCUGUCACUGGAAAGGGUCCACUUAACAACUGGGCUACCCAUUUGAGUGACCCGCUCCACACUACCAUUAUUGACGCCUUCACCUCUUCUUGAGCACCUAUUUUCUACGUGCAUAUAAGUUGGGUUUUGAAUGUGUAGAAUUCAAAAUUGUGUACGUUAAUUACUUAGCAUAAUCAUGAUUUGUACUGCUUAAUGUUGUAAAGGUUGUUAUGUCAUCAAAAGAUUACUAUAUGCAUGUGAGCUUUUCCUGCUUGCUCCAA